AUGAAGACAGGAGCGAAAAUGGAUUCUGAGAUGCAGAAGAUCAUCAGCUCUAUGGAGAAAAGCAGAGAAAUGUUGGCUCAAUCUCUUCUAUCAGACUUAGCUCAGAUUUCGAAAGCAAUCGAAAAGUCAUCACUAAUUCUGAUGAGGCCUAUUCCGGGAGAAGAAGAAGAAGCUCCAAAAGAUGACACCGCAGCAGAGUCUUCUCCUCUUGCAUCAGCUUCUUCAAAUGCACAAUUGUGA